UGACAUGUUUCUUCCUUGUCAUGGUCCAGAAUGAGACCGAGUCAGGAGACACAGUGGAGCUCUACGCAAGUAGCAGCUCUAUUAGAGAGGGGAGAAAGGACAUUUGAAUAGUGUAUGAGUCUCAUCUUAUGGCGACAGUGAAUCCUCUAAGGUCCCGCUCGACAGGCUGCGAUGCUCUCGAAGAAGGAGAAGGAGCUCAUCGCAGACAUCUGGGAAAGCCUGACUCCCGUGGCGGAGGAUAUUGGAGCCGACGCGCUUCUCAGGAUGUUUGCCUCGUAUCCCGGUACCAAGACCUACUUUUCGCAUCUCGACAUCAGCCCUCGCUCCGCUCACCUGCUCUCUCACGGGAAGAAGAUUGUUCUGGCCAUCGCAGAGGGAGCCCAAGACAUCGGCCAGCUGACCGUCACACUGGCUCCUCUGCAAACCCUGCACGCCUACCAGCUCCGGAUAGACCCGACCAACUUCAAGCUCUUCUCUCACUGCAUGCUCGUGGCCCUGGCCUGUCACAUGGGGGAGGACUUCACACCGGUGGCUCACGCAGCGAUGGACAAGUACCUGUCAGCUUUCGCAGCCGUACUCUCCGAGAAAUACAGAUAAGACCCAUGCAGCCACGUAAAUGAACCAUUUAUGAUGCCAUAUGAUAUGAAACAUGUAUGUACGUGUAGUUGUCAUAAUACAAUAUUGUGGAAUAAUAAAAUGUGCUGUUAACACCUUU